CUCCUACUUUAACCGUACACAACUAAAACAAUGUGAAAGACGGAAUUUGUUAUCAUUUAAACAUGAAGAGCACCUUAACGUUUACACAACCCAACCAAACUUGCACGCAUGGCACGACAUACUCGUGUGUGUGGCGGGAAAUUGGAUAUUGUGCCUAUAUAAGGAGCAACACGUGGCAUUUGAGCUAUUCAGUCCCGAAACCACUGGCAGAUACGCGGAUCUCAAGAUGUUACCGUACGUUGUGUGUGCCGUCCUACUCAUGACGUCAUUUGCAAAUGCAAACGAAUUAGAUGUCGAAACUUUGGAGGGGUUCCAGUCCGCAAUCUAUGGAAAAAUCAUGGCACAUUUAGAUGCCGAGUACCAGCUCCUUCAGCCCGCCAUUGCGCAACAAAACCAGAGCAUGGAACGGUGUAGGGGUCUGAUCAGCGCAGCUCAGGAAACCUGUAAAACCUGCGCUAGCAGUCGUUGUCAAGGGGACUUCGGAGACUGGAUCAUGGGAGGCUUUGGUGAGAUGGCUGGCUGGUUUAAGGGAGCUGGCAAUAGUUUCGUCGACUGGCAAGGCUGGCAGGACCUUGGUGGCUUCUUCGGGGAUAUUGGUGACUGGUUCGGAGGUGCCGGAAAUAGCUUCGUCAACUGGAAGGGUUUUGAUGACAUGAAGAACUUUUUCGGCGGCAUUGGCAAUACAUUCUCAAGCGGGUUCAACUCUGUUAAAAAUACUUUCGGCAACUGGGGCAAUUCUAUUGGCAGUGGACUGAGCAGUUUCGGCAACACUUUGGGCAGCGGAUUAAGCAAUUUUGGAAAUUCAUUUACCAGCGGAUUGUCCAGUGUAUUUGGACGACGUCGCCGUGACGUUGGACCACUUGCAAUGACGUCACGUAAACUUCAGAUGAUCAGACAUCGUUAUAUGGCUAAGCGAGUUGAAGAACUUGACCCAGAAACCAGACAAUGUAUGGAGCAAUGUAACGAGUGCACGCCUUUCCUCGGAGAUCAAACGGCAUUAAUAGGCGGAGUGUGUGGUGAUCAGAUCUUACUUGACCAAGCAGCAAUGUCGGAGGUGAUGACCAACAUGCAGGCGCUCUUCAAUGCCAAUGGAAACCCCCUACAAGGAACAACACCUAUCGUAUCCAAGAUCGAAUUCGACCAGUCUGACUUCAGCUUUACCGACUUCAGUGUGGGAGGAGUUUACGUCACUGCAAAAACUCCCAAUGGCGUGGUUAGGUACCCAAGUAGCUACAGGUACAAGAUGCAAUCACCGCAAACCACCGCCGACGAGAUAGCACAGGAACUGAUUGAAAAGUGGAACAUUUAAAUAUUGAAAUUGAACGUCCUAGUGAUUUACAUUAUUCGUAAAAGUAAUGUUUGGUGUGAAUUAGUACAUUAGAUUUUUGGAUGAAUACGUGCAGUUGGUUUAGGUUAAUAACAAUCGUAAGCAGUUUUAGCACGAAAUUUAUCUGUCUGAACAACCAACAACUGACUCGUGCAACUUAAAAAAAUCGAACACCAACAAAACCAUCUGAAUGUUUAGUUCUUGUUUAGUUUUUGAUAUUGUUAAUUAUUUGUUUUGUAUUAAUAAAUGUUUGUGACUA